AAAUUGUAAUAUGAAAUAUUAGCUGGAAAAUUUGUUACAAACAUUCAAGUACACAUUUUAUGUGGAAAUGAUAUUUUACUUCUCAUCUAUAAAAUAAAAUAUUUUAAUUUGUUCCGUAACAUAAAAUAUUAUAUCAAAUUAUUGCUAGAAGAUGAUGAAGCCAUUACAUUGUAUAAUCAUCAUAAUAUUAUUUUUAAAUGUACUUUCUAAAUCCCAAGCAUCCUACUCACAACCAAAACUGCAACUACUAAAUUGCUUAGUAAAAUCAAAUGUGCACAUGUAUGUUGUUGAUAAAGAUGAUAAUAACCUUUUUACUGAAAAGUUCUUAAAUGAAUUGAAAUUAUGGAAAAAGGAAAUUUUACUACAUAAGAACAAUCGAUAUUCACUCAGAGCAUUAAAAAGUUUUGGAUCUAUCGGACAUAAAAUGUCGGAUUGCGUAUGUAGUAAUUAUGAACAAUCACAAAUACUAAAACAAGAACAUAGAAAUACAUCCGAAAUAUGCAAAGAAAAAGUUUUAGAUUGUUGUAACGAAUACGCUAACAAUGUAAUGAAAAAAUCUAAGAUACUCAAAAUUAUUGAGAAUUUUCUAAAAUUCUUUAUGUGGUAUUAAAAAUAAAAAUGUAAAUGUGAUUAACUAAAAUAGUUGAUUU